AUGCCAAAGUCACGCAGAGAAGCUGAGGCCGAGGUGCGCUCAUGGGGAUUCACUCACGUCUUCACAUGGACGGAUGGACCUAACGCGCACUAUCCGCCACACAAGCACAGCGGCAAGACAACACAUCUCAUCCUCGACGGCUCACUGACCAUGACAUAUCCCGACGACGCAGACGCGAGGAAGGAAACUCUUGGCGUAGGCGAACGAUGGGAUGUUGACGCGAAGAAAGUCCACGAGGUAUGGGUCGGUCCAUCAGGCUGUACAUACGUGAUUGGCGAGUGA